AUGCUUUGGCUUCUCAUCGUCCUUGGGAGUGUGAGUGCGAGUGCCAGUGAGUGCAGCAAAACGGAAAGAAACGCCAGCUGCACCGUGGCCGAAUGUGCGGAAGAACCUGCUCCUUUGACCCUGCUGCAGCUUACUCCAGGUGAAGCCGGUGAAACUCGAGGCUUGACUUGGACAAGGCUUUUGAGCACGACGGGGCUGGAUGACGUGCGUGCCAUGGCUUUUGGAGGAGGCCAUCUCUACAUCGCGGGACGGUCCGAAGGCCAAUCUGACGUCGCACCCGAGUCUCGCAGGCAGCGGAAGCGUUCCGGACGGAGCGGGCGUGAGGCUGUGUUUCCAGGUGCAAACUUGGGCAAGUCAGACAGCUAUGUGGGCAAGAUGUCAGUGGCCGGGAAGAUGAAGUGGGUUCGCAAGCCAGUGCACAGCGAGCUCUUCGACCUUGCCUUGGAUGUCACUGCAGAGCCUUGUGGAGAUGUCUACGUGGUCGGGGCAUUCAACGCGAGCACCUUCGGCUCCGAGGCUGUCGGCGAGUUUCCUGUCACCUCAACCUUCGAUGGGUACUACGCCAAGAUGAGCACCCGAGGGUCUCUGAUGUGGAGUCAUCGCCUGUCCUCGAACAGCACUGAUGCGGUGACCUCAGUGUCUGCGGCAGGAAGGCAUCUCUACAUUUCCGGUGUGACUCGCGGUACCUUGGGAAAAGGAGCCGUGGGAGCUCAUGACGCUUUCAUUGGCAAGCUGAGCAAAGAAUCCGGGGAGCUCACAUGGCUUCAGCAGUUCGGCACUCCGCAAAAUGAUGCUGCAUGGGGUGCAGCUGCAUGUGAAGAUGGAAGCGUCUAUGUCGCUGGACAAACCUCCGGGAACUUGUCAGGGCAGGAGAGCAUUGGCUCCAUUGACGCUUUUGUGACAAAGUAUGAUGCUACCGGCAGCAUGGUGUGGACCAAGAUGAUUGGAACAUCCCAGGCGGAUUCGGGCACAAGCAUAGCGGUUUCUUCAGAUUGCAGCUCCAUCUACAUAGGCGGAGUGACAGAGGGCAACUUUGAUGACCCCUUGGUCGAGAACAGCAUGCAGGGCUUCAUUGUCAGCAUGAAAGCAAACGGGGAGGAGCUGUGGAAGAGGACGAUAAAGAUGAAUGAAACUACAACUGUGCGGCGUGUCAUUGUAGAUGAGGACCAUGUGUAUGCUGGCGGUUGGACAGGUGACGUCAAUGCAAGCACAGACGGCUUCGUCGUCAAGUUCGAUGAGAUGGGCGCCCAGUUGUGGAGCCAGUUGGUGCCACGCAGCUCAGAGGACGUCGAGCUUUGGGAUAUCGUGGCGCGUAAGAAGAAACUCUUCAUCGCUGGCUACACUGAGGGCCCGCUGGAUGGCUUGCCACACAAGGGAGGCCCUGAGCUCUUCCCGGGCGAUGGCUUUGUACAGGCCGUUCAGCAACCCCAAGUGUCCAACUUGGACAUGAUGGAAACACACUUUCGGGAGUCAGAGACUCCGACAGAGUGCCAGGCUUCCCCAGUCACUGAGCCUGAAGUUUUUCCCCUGAAUGCCUCGAUGUCCCUGGCCGCUUCUGGGGAUGACUUUUGCGUGGACGGGAUCCGCUCCGGCCAAACCUGCUGCGCCUCCAGCUGCGGCAGCUGUGGCGGCUCAGGUUGCGAAGGCCGACCCGGCGGAGCAUCCAAGUGCUGCAGCGAAGGCAUCACCAGCACAUGCACCAGCAGCACUCACACCGCUUGCAAUGUGCCACGUACUGCCAGUAUGCUUAGUACCGGUGGCUGCCCAUGCAAUAGUUACAUGGAGAGCACCAGUGUCUUCAAACCAGCCUCCAAAGUGGCGCAGGCCGCUUAUCCAAAUAAUGAGGCGCCAGACACCAUCUCUGACAGCUCGGGAGACUGGCACCUCGUUGACAAGCACGUCCUUCGCUAUCAAGAGGGCAACAUAUUCGUGGACGGUGAUGGCAUGGUUCUUUAUCGACGUCAUGAGGAUGGCGCAUGCAUCCUGUCAUUUGCUGGCACCACGGCCGUACACGUGUCGGAGUUCUUCACCAAUGUAAACAUGGUACCACGGCACCGUUGCGGGGCCUACGUGCACCUGGGGUUCAGCCGCGAGCUGGAACGGUACUUGCAGAGUGAGGAAUGGGAGAGUCUGAUGGGCUCCAUCAAUAGCUGCUGCUGCCUUGUUGCAACUGGGCAUAGCCUCGGGGGAGCCCUUGCCAGCAUCUUUACGCAGUGUGCAAACAAUCAAGACAACGGCGCCCCGUAUGAGAUUAACGGCCAGAACCCCUUGAGUGGACUGACUGUGAAUGCCUUGUACACUUUUGGUACGCCCAGAGUCAGUUGGAUUAACAGGAUUUCCAAUGGUGGCGAUUGCAUCCCGGGGUAUCGCUUCCACAACUACGCGUGGUGGACGCUUUCGUGGUUUGUGCCUAUGCUGAGCGAGGAUGCUGUGCCUGGCCAGCCUGCAGCAUUUGAGCACCCCAUACUCAAAACCAUUCGCAUUGACCAUGAAGAGGUUGAGUCCGGCUGGGCCGGGGCAGCCAUUGCAUCUACCUCGUCGGUGCGUCGACGACGAUUCAGCUGCUUGAGCGGCGCUCGGCUCUCCACAUAUCCUGAUCUCAAUCGCCACGAGUUGCAAGAGUAUGUUGCCGCCCUUUACCACUUGUGGUGA